AUGGGAGGAGUUGUUAAAAAAUUUGAUGACCAUUUCAACAACAAAACGAACACCGUCGUGAACAGCUACAGAUUCUAUAAUUUACGACAGGAACUAGAUGAACCGGUGGAACGAUUUGUGUUAAGAUUGAAGAAUGUUGCUAGAACAUGUGAUUUUAAGGAAGAAGAUAGAAUGGUAAGAGAUAUGCUGGUGAUAGGUGUAAGAGAAACAAGUGUUAAAGAAAGAUUGUUGAGGGAAAAAGAUCUAAGUCUAGACACUGCAACUGAGUUAUGCAAAGCGGCUGAAUACAGCAAGAAAAAUGUAAAAGAGAUGGAAGAGAAAGUGCAGGCAAUAAAUGCAGUUAAAGAACGUACCCAUUAUAAAAAAGAUGUCAAGAAACCGAUUCAUUACAGUUGCAAUUAUUGCGGACAGCGACUGCAGUUCAGAGGAGUUUGUAGUAGACUCGGUAAAAGCGUCUUCACAGUACUAGAUAUGAAGGAUGGAUUUUUCCAAGUAACUUUGGAGGAUGAACAAAAGCUCUGCACCUUUGGUACUCCUUUCGGAAGGUAUUUUUUCAAGAGAAUGCCGUUUGGAAUUUCUUCGGCCCCAGAGGUAAUGCAAAGAAUAAAUACUGCCAUAUUUAGUGAUAUACAAGGGGUAAAUGUUUACUAUGAUGACAUUAUUAUUGCCGGGGAUAGUUUAGAGGAUCAUGAUAAAAUCUUAAGUAAAGUAAUAGACAGGGCAAGAAAGUUCAAUGUAAAAUUUAAUCCUAACAAAGUUCAGUAUAGAAGUGAUUUUGUAAAAUAUGUAGGGUUAAUAGUGUCAAAAUCAGGAAUUAAACCUGAUCCUGAGCAUGUAAAGGCUAUUGUGGACUUGAAAGAACCAAAUAACAUUAAAGAGCUACAAAAAUUUUUAGGUAUGUGCAAUUAUUUAAGUAAGUUUAUACCACAAUACUCAAAAACAACUGAAAAACUUAGAGAUCUUUUAAAGAAAGAUGUAUUGUGGGAUUGGGGUACAGCACAAAGUCAAGCGUUUGAAGAAAUAAAAACAAAAAUAAGCAAAGCCCCAACAUUAGAUAUUUUAAAGAAAGAUGGGUUAGUAACUUUACAGACGGAUAGUUCAAAAAGUGGCAUGGGAGCUUGUUUACUUCAAAAUGGUAAACCGAUAUCUUUUUAUUCUAGAUGCUAUACAGAUUGUCAACAAAGAUGGGCUCCUAUUGAAAAAGAACUAUUUGCAGUUUGUCUUGCUAUGGAAAAAUAUCACCAAUUUGUAUAUGGACGCAAAGUAGUAGUUGAAACCGACCAUAAGCCUUUAGUGGCUAUAAUGAAUAAAGACAUUAAUAAAAUUUCAGCCAGACUGCAAAGAAUGGUUCUUAAGCUUUUAAAAUACGAAUUUGAUAUUAAGUAUAUACCAGGUCCUCAAAUGUAUGUUGCUGACUAUCUGUCUAGACAUUAUGAUUCAACAAAUGGGCAAGUAGAGCCAACACUUAAAGAAUUGGUACAUAGUGUAGAAGAAGAAAAAGUGUAUGGGUUAGACAAAGACUUGCAAAUAUCAGACAGUAAAUUAAAAGAAUUGCAGGAUGAAACUAAUAAAGAUGGUAAUUUGCAACAAAUAAAAAUUUGGUAUAGUUCAGAAUGGCCUAAAAAUGAUAGAAAUAUUUAUGGUAUGGAAUUGAAAAAAUUGUACAAAUUAAGACAUGAGUUGAUAGUGACAGAAAAUGUGGUUUACUUUGGAAACAGGCUUCUUGUUCCCAAAGCAUUAAGAAAAGAAAUGUUAACUAUAUUACAUUCAGGGCAUGCAGGUGUAGUGAAAUGUAAAAAGAGAGCUAGGAAAGUACUUUAUUGGCCAGGAAUGUCAAGAGAUAUAGAGGAUUAUGUGUUAGCAUGUAAAGUAUGUGAAAAGUAUAGAAUGUCAAACUGUAAACAACCCAUUGUAUCACAUGAGAUUCCUGAACUUCCUUUUAGUAAAAUAGCUAUGGAUAUUGGACACUAUGCAGGUGAAGAUUUUCUAGUAGUUGUAGAUUACUUUUCAAAAUGGAUUGAGGUUGCAAAAUUAAAAACCAAAUCGACCACUAAUGUCAUAGCUAAGUUACUAAAAAUAUUUGGCACUUUUGGGAUUCCUAGGCAAAUAGUAAGUGAUAAUAUGCCAUUUGGUAGUUUUGAAUUUGUGCAAUUUGCAAAUCAACAUGGCAUAGAAUUAGUUAAGUCCAGUCCACAUUAUUCGCAAUCGAAUGGAUUGGCAGAGAAAUCGGUGGGCAUUGUUAAAAGUUUGAUGAAAAAAUGUAAAGAAAGUGAUACUAAUUUUAACUUAGCAAUGUUACAUUAUAGAACAACUCCUGUAGCAAAUUUGGAGUAUAGUCCUUCAGAGUUGUUAAUGAGCAGAUUAUUAAGAACAAAUUUACCCUGUUCAAAAGAAGUGUUAAAACCUAAGUUAUGUGUAAAUGUGAAUGAACAACUGUUAAUUAAUAAUGAAAAAUCUAGGAUAAAUUAUAAUAAAACAGCGAAAGAUAAGAAAUCAUUUCAAAGAGGAGAAGAUGUAAUUGUUCAAGAUGUUAAUAGAAGUAAUUGUUGGUAUCCGGUUAAAGUAGUAGAAAAAGCAAAUGGACCUAGAUCAUUCAUUGUUAAAAAUGACAAGGAUAAUUUAGUUAGGAGAAAUGAAAAACAUAUUAGACAUAGUAGAAAUAUGUUUAUGGUUUCUUAUCAUGAUGUACUGGACUCAUCAGAUUUAAGCCAGACAGUACAAGAGAAGGGUAGGCAGGUAGAAACCAAGAAAUUCACAUAG